AUGGGUAUUCCAUUGUUCUGUGAGGCUUCCUCCACCGAUGCUCCGAAGAACAAUUUCGCCAAAGAUCCAUGUGCCGCUGCACGCUCCGCAAUCCGUCGCCAGGCCACGGUUCGUCGGCCUUCGCGUUAUGGCUCCGCCUUGCGCAGCGCAACUCUCCGAUCGCCUUUCCCCCGUCCGCUAGCGGAUGAGAUUGAGCGCGAGGCCAAUGGAUUGCAGCGUCAUGUACGAUCGCCGCUGUCGAACUCCAGCACCGCCGACGACGCGUUCGAUCUGACCAGCGGCCUCCUGGACUCCAGCAGACGCGAAGCGGGCCAGCGACUGUUGAGCGACGCGCUCCGUCACGGCCGGCCCGGUCAGCGCUUGAGGAUCCCACGCAGUUCGGCCUUGCCCGAUAUAUACCACCGCCCGCCGCCGGGUAAUGACGCAAACCGGCCAGAUCAGGCCCAUCCCCCAUUCACACCGCGGUUUGCUCCUGCGAUCGCAUACCAUAGGACUGCAUCUCCGCAAGCGCACCCCGAUGGCGCCCGUUUGUCACCGUUCAUUCGAGCAGAAGGCUUUGGAGGGGAAAUCUCGAUCGCGGCGACCACCUUGCCUUCCCUGCGACGAGUCGGGGAACGAUCGAUCACUGAGGCCAACCGUCCCAACCGCGAGUCUGCUGUUGAUGGUCUUGGCGAUCGACAGAGAAGCCUGAGCCCGGAUGACGACCAUGCCAACGAUGCAUGGGAGACCCUUCUUACCACGAUCACGCCGGACACCAACCUGCCCAGCGCCGAUUCCUCCUUCACUUCUGCGUCUGCCUCAGGAACGAAUGCCUCGACCAUUGGGACGGCCCGAAGCUCUGCAACCUCGUUGCAAAGCAUGACCAACCCCAUGGACUCGGGCGCGGGGACUGUCCAAAUGCUUCUUGAUCCUUAUCCCGAGUUCCUAAAUCCGUGUGACUAUCCCAGCUCGAGCGAAUCGGAUAGUGAUUCCGAAUCGGGGAUUUCUCACCAAUCGUUGUUCCGGCGGUACCGUCGCAUCCGCCAGAUGGAGUCCCUGAGACGGGCCCAGCACCUGCAGUCGACGAUGAGCAACCAGCCUCCGAUUCCUACCAUUUCCUUUGCCUUUUCCGACUCCUCUUCCACCGACUCCGACCUGCAGCAGAUGCAAGCCAUUCUCGACCGACUUGCUCGGCGGGAGGAUAUCCCGGAUGAGUGGUGGGCGGCAGCUGGACUGUCGCGCACGCUUGGCCGCCGGCUCGGCAUACCUGACGACUCUAAUGACACGGAUAGCGUGGAUGGGCCUCUUCGGCCGAGGUGA